GCGCAAAGGCAGCAUCAGCACUCCCCAGCAGUAUUCAUGUAUGCUCGAGAGAUCGUUCAAGUUCGGCCUUGAUUAUCGUCGUUCUGUUACCACAGAGAUCAACUAAGUCUUCAGAUGAGAUCAAACCAACGUAUGUGCUUGGGAAGACUGGCCCCAAUGUUCCCAAAACUUUGUGACUUCAUGAGCAAGCACAACUCUCGUUUUUGAGAAAUUGGUACUGUGUACUAUUUGAAAUAACACUCUCAUUUUGGAGAACCUUCAUCCAAGUUGUGAUUUCACUAGUUUAUGUGUCUAGACUGACUCAUACUUUUAAACCAGUCCUUCUACGGCCACUUGUUUGUGCAUUUAUGUAUGUAAAUCAGACCUCACAAUGAGUUCCUCAAGCAGAACUGAUGCAAACACGGUGCAACACCCCAAGAAGAAAAGGCGGGACUGUUUCAUCUGCGGCCGACCUUCCUUUCAGAUGUUCUGCGUCGCACACCAAUGGCAUGAAAGGAGAGAUAGCGCCAACAACGCAUGCCUGCUCUGCGGCAAGGCGUUCAAACGAUCAACCAAUCUGAAGCGACAUAUGCAGGUGCACGCCAGAGAGAAGCCCGGAGUUGGUGUCAUCCGCGAGCACUGCUACUCCCUGGUGCAAAGCAAGGGGAAGCCGUUCUUGUGUGACAAGUGUGGGCAAACAUUCGUGGAGAAGAGCUGUCUUUUCAGACAUCAGAAGCGGGCGCACGACUGUACCACAGUUACAACAAGCUACAGCGAGAAAACGCCCCAUGUUUGCGACACUUGCGGUAAGACGUUUGCCAAGCAAUCCAUCAUGGUGCGCCACGCCAAAAGGAGGCACGCUGAUGUGCGGCCGUACAAGUGCGGCACUUGCAACAAGAUGUUUGCCCAGACUUGUGAUCUCGUCCGCCACGAAAGGAUCCACAAGAAGGAGAAGCCGUUUACCUGUAGCAUUUGCAAGCAGUGCUUCUCGCGGAAGCAUCACCUUGAGGAUCACGUUCGCACCCACACGAGGGUCCGGCCAUUUCUGUGUGAUGGAUGCGGUCAGACCUUCGCCCACAGGAACAGCCUUGUGAAUCACAAGAAAGCUUGCAGUCAGUGUCCCGUUUUGGAGAUUUCUGACACGCCCCCUGAACCACAGCCUAGUCACACUGGCAAACGUCCAGUUGCUUUUGAGACAACUGUCCUGGACCAGGCCUCCUACUGGGACAGUUUACUGAAACAAACCAAGUCGUCCCAGCCAAUGGAACAGACGUUGAGUCCAGCUCGUGACACACUCCACGAUGCUUUGACCCAGAGCUUUGGCCCUGACUUCUCUAUGUUCCUUCAAACUAGUACGGAUGGAGAUCACUAUGUCUGUGAUUUCUGUGGCAAGGCUUUCAUCCAGCGAAGUGAAAUUGCUCGCCACCGGCGGAUACACACCAAGGAGAAACCUUAUCCAUGUGAGGUUUGUGGCAGGCGGUUCACGCAGAAGUCUCACCUGGUGACGCACCGAGUCACCCACACCAAAGAAAGGAGGUUCAACUGCGAGGUUUGCGGACACGACUUUGCCCAGAAGAAUUCGCUGAUGAGACAUCGCAGGAAAGUCCAUGGAAUUUAUCCUCAGAAAACCGCACAGAGUAAAGAUCCAUCCGUACCUGAGCAGACAGAUGCCACCAACAGCGUUGAGCACCUUUCCACCAGUGACGAAAAAUCAACACAAACCGAGGCUGGGGAAGCCUUUCUAGACAUUUUGAACCAGUCAGCAUAUAGCCAGCAGGAGUGUCCUUCGAACGACAGCCAAGGAGCUCAAACCGAUGCAGCUACGGUCUUGAUGGAUAUUCUGAGCAAAGGUUCAGAGUGGAAUAGCAUUUUAUUGCCGAGCCAAGACGACCAGCCGUUCUCCUGUAACAGAGCAACCGAGACUCCAGCAGCAAGUGAGCCCAUCGAUUACUCAUCUUUCAGAAGAAUGCUGGAGGUUGGUAUGCGCUACGUCUGUGACUUCUGCAACAAAGAUUUUGGCAAAAAAUACGACUUGAUCCGUCACCGGCGCAUACACUUGAGAGUGAGACCUUUUGGAUGCGACAUCUGCAACAGGCGAUUCACCCAGAAACGGCAUCUUGUGGAACACCAGGCCAAGCACACCAAAAUCAAAUCCUUUGUCUGCUGCAUUUGUGGGAAAGCUUUCGCCUAUCAGGCCAGUCUGCGCCUCCAUCGUAAAAAAUCCUGCAGUCCGCCGCCAAGUGAUCGUCCGCCGCAACAGAAAGUGCAGCUUGUUGACGGGCGAUACCGCUGUGACCAGUGCGAGAAACAUUUUGGCCACAGUUACAGCCUGAUGCGUCACAAACUGAGCCACACCACCACCAAACCUUUCGCCUGCCAAUUCUGCGGCAGGGGUUUCUCUCAGAGAUACGUCGCCAAGAUGCACGAGAGAAAACACAAAGAACAAGGAACCACGCCCGACAGCAGCGGAAGCCAGCACCAGCCACUCUUCAGGAAGUCGUACAUGUGCGACAUCUGUGGCAAGCGGAUUGUCGGAAAGUCCAAUCUGUCACGUCACAUCAAGGGCCACUCCCGAGACAAGUGGCACACCUGCGGUGAUUGCGGCAAGGGCUUUGUGAGCAAGCUCUCCCUCAAGAAACACCGCAAACUUCACAAGAAGAAAAAGCCGGCCAUGUCUGAGAAUCGCACCCUGGUAUUUUCAAGCAAGCAAAGUGUCCUGAGCCACCUGAAGGGAAUUGAACUCCCCCGCACACUUCUGAUCAUACAGAGCCCUCAUCCUUCACAUGUUGUACCGGCAUACACUUCCAACGUGAAAACUGUUUGAAUCCACUUUUAGGUCUUACUAGUAAAAUCUUCACAAAAGAAAAAAAGAACUUCAUUUCUGAAUAUGUAUCACCACGAACUCCAAAAGAUCAUUUCCUCUUCUUUUUUUUUCUUUUUCCUUUUUUUUCAAAGUUUCAAUGCUGGUUAUUGAAGAGCUUACGUGUAUGUGUAAGUGACAAAGGAAAAGUUAUUGGUGGGAAGUGCACUGAUGUGUGAAUGCCCUUGAGAUACUUUAACAGAUUUUCACAGUCAUUAUUUUAUCAAAUUGUUUGGAAGAAAACGACUCAAAUUUAACUUGGAAAUAUUUUUCAACCAUGAUAUCACAAGGCCCAAUUUCAUGCAGCUCUGAAGCAGUGAAUUUACACAUCAGCCUACAAGCUUAGCAAAGUUUUUGCAUGGUAUUAAAAUUGGCUUUAUGUUUGACAAAGAAAUUGAAAAGAAAAAGGUGUGAUUAGCAAAAUUGCCAGGGCAGUUCAUACUUGAUGCGAAAGGUGAACAUGAAAGCCAGUUUCUUUUUUUCUCUCUUUUUUUCCUGUGUUUUACUAAGAUCAAAUAUUCCAGCUACAAAUUCACAGAUUUGCUUCACUUUUUCCAUUUAUUAGAAGUUACAUGCAAAAUUGUAUGCACAUUUCAUUCCAUGGAAUCCUACGUGCCUGGUCUUAGAGCAAGCCUGUUUCCGUACACAUAACCCUUGUGUUAAGUCUGCCAAGUUUCAACUUCAAACCGUCAAUCUAUAAAAAUAGGAUGAUGGGGAGUGCGCUCAAAUUCAUCGAAGUUUAAGGCAGGGCAUCAUAUUUGUUUCUUGGAGAUUUCAAUCACCUGUUAUGGCAGGAGCAAAUUGAAUUAAUGAUGAAUCCGAAAAACUUGCAACCUUGCAUUUAUCAAAAAUACUCCAGUGUAAUUUUGUUGUCACUUUGACAUGUUUGAUGAAUGGUCAAAGCUGUGCUUGGUAUUGAGUUAUUCCCCGAUACACAGUCAUCCCAAAUUAAUUGUUAAACUUCAAUGUUAUCAACGGGAAAUAAGAAUAUAACCAUGUGUCCUGCCUCAUUAUUCCAUUUUAAGCCUACAUGUAGGAUGGCUUUCAAAUUUUCAGCUCAAUGAAAAGUUAUGUUUUGCCAGCCCUUGGGUCACAGUGUUUUAUUAUACUUUUGUCAUUCCGGGCCGACUUGGUUGGGGUUAUGUCUUGUUUUUGUUUUUUUGUUUUUUUCCUUUUAACUCGUCUUACUUCUUUUAUCACUUGUUUUUGCUGUCAUUGUCUUGUUGAAGGCCGAAUAAAUAAUAAUAAUAAUAAGAGUAAU